AAACCACAGAGCAGCCUCAGCUGAGCUGUCAAUCAGCAGCUUAUCUGUGGGCUGAUGGGAGGUUUGAGGAGCUGUUAGAAACCACAUGAGCUCGUCUGCUCAAACAGCUCGUCCUUGUUUGGCCUCGGCUGCAUCAGAGCUCCACUUCUCCUCAGCUCCUCCAGAGGAAACACCACUGCACACAAUGCUUUUCCUCCCAGCUGCUGCUCUCUGCUGUCUGUGUUCAGAGCAGCAGGUAGUGAAGCCCGUGGUGAGCGUGUACCCAGCAGCCUCCAGAGAUCCCCUGAAGAACCACCUGCUGUGUGUGGCCUCAGCCAUGUUCCCUCGUGAGGUCCAGUUCUCCUGGAAAAGACUGAAGCAGAACGGCGACCUGGAGGAGCUGAACUCCAGAGAGGGAGAGCAGCUGGAGCUCAGAGAGUCGGGACGCUUCACCUCCAUCUUGGUGCUCGGUCAGCAUGAUGUUGAAACAAAAUAUCGCUGCUCUGUGAAGCACGAGGGAGGAACAGUGGAGGCUGAAACAGAGCAAGUCAUAAAGGUCACUGCCCCUCCAUCUACUGCUCCAUCGACUCGUCCUCCUCCCUCUACUCCUCCUCCUACCCUUCCUCCCUCUACUCCUCCUCCUCCUCCUCCUCCAGCCGUCCCUUCACCACUCUGGUCCAGAGAGAGGCUGCUCUGCCUGCAGUACACAGUGCUGAUAGUGAAGAGUGUGGUCUACUGCUUUGGACUCUCUCUGAUGAUGAUCCUCAGAAACAAAGGACCGUCCACCAGCUCCACACAUGCUGACUGACCUCCAAGAGCUUUGACGUCUCACUCACACCUGCUGGAAAACUCAAACAUGUUUUCUGUCAUCAACUGUAAAGAACAACAAAGAUUAUCUUGAAACAAUCUUCCUCCUGAACACAUGUAGAAAACACAGAGAAUAAGAAUAGAAAGAGGAACUUCAGUUCAGUCAGUAUUUUAAACAAAGAAACUAAUGACAU